AUGCCAGGGGAUCUCUUGGAUGGGACACCGGUCAACGGAGAGGAUCUCUGGUACACGAAGCGACUGAGGUUGACGGUCCAAUGCGUUUGCCUCGGCUGCGCGGCCAUUGAGGACGAGCGCACGAACAUUGCCGCGUACCGUUUGCACGCCGUUUUUGCGCUUUACACGCUCGUAGUGGCGGCUCGCUCGGUGGGCGAGCUUGUCGACAUCAGCGUGUACGUGCCCUCGACCAUCCCGCUGGGGUUUUCUUACGCAACCCUCGCACAGUACAUCGCCUCGCUCAUCCUGGUCGCGACCACUCCUUGCGCGCCGCCACUGCACUUCCCGCCUGAGCAGAUCUACUCGGAGAAGUCGGACACGCUCCUGUUCUCGUAUACGACUGAGGUCGUCAUGCUCGGGAACACGGCGGAGAGCCUCGAGACCGGCGACCUACCGAUCGUGCCUGCGGACAUGUGCGCGACGACGAUGUCGGUCGCCGACCCCUCCACUGCACCCACGCACAUGCAGGCCCAUGUGUUAGCGACGAUUUGCCGCUUCGAUAUCGGCGGUGUUUUGACCUUUGCCCUCUUUACCACCAACACGUCCACGAAGCCACCGUUCGCCUUCGAUUCAGAGCCAGCCACUUCCCCCGACGGAGGCGUCGCUGCCCAGGGCGAUGAAAUCGACACCGUCCACAGUGCAAUCGCAGACAACGUCCACGAUGUGGGCGCUACUGAAGGGCACGACACUGCUGUAGGAACCACUACUAUGCAGGAAAACGCAGACGGCAAGAACUCGUCCCCCGAAUCGCUCGACGGAGCAUUCUCCCUGGAUGUCAGAGCCGUAGCGUCCGGGCUUGCCGUCAUCGACCUGGACAGUGAGGAGACUCUGGAGGGAGUGAAGAACUGUUUGCGCCCCUUGGCGCGCGCACCCGUCCGUUGUGUCCGGCUCGGAACCUGGAUGAGCAAGGUGGAGUGGCCAUGGCAGAGCUGCGGCAAGGGGCGAGCUGCGGCGCCAUGCGCGUCGCCUGCUACGUCGGCCGGUGGGGGCAUAUCCGGCGGACGCGAUCAGAUCAUCAGCGACGCCCCUGCGUCUCCACUGGGACAGGAUCGCGUGGUUGGGGUGAUGACAGCGGGUGGGGAUGCAUGCCCUCGAGCGUCGGCCACGCAGAGGGACCUGGCCAACGCGGUGGGGGCAAAUCCGGACGCGUUCAGGCGCGAGUCCGGCCGGUGA